UCCGUUUUCUCCCGCUGACGUGACGGGCCAUAGGCGAUUUACCCCGAGAAAGAGAAAUAGAAUUGCCUCAGUGAUGAUACGGGCGAGUGGAUGGAUAUGCCUAUAUCUCCAAACUUCUCCAUAUAUUAAGUAUAACCCGGACUGGUGACCAUAAGGUCACGUAAUCGAUAAUACUAAGCUUAUAUAAUGCAUUAAUGCCAGUAGCUGCAUGUGGAAACUCAAGCGAACUAAGCAAGAAUGAACAGCUUGCUAACAUCAACUGUUAGCCUCCUGAAGUUCUUCUAAGAAAGUAAAGUUAGAAGGUAUUCGCUACCUGUGCCGGAGACAUUAUUUGCAAGUUUGCUGACUGUCUGACUUUAAUGUGUCAGCUAGAAAAAAUAUCUGUCAAUUUGAGGUGGAAUAAAUAUUUGUUGUUAUUGCCGAGUGCCGAUGGAGGUCUACUGGCAAAAUUAUAUUGAUUAGCGAAUGGCUGGGUGCUAGCUAAGUUAGCACAUCAGUAUUAUAUAACGGUAGCUAGCCAGACAGGGACGAGAAACGAGAACAUUAGUUCUGUCGGUUGCUAUGGAAGAGAUGGCCCUUGAAUCAUUGUCAGGCGUGCUCGACGAAUGCCCUGGAGGAAGAUCUAACUCUGAUGUCCCCAAAGCUUCACGUCCACAUCAUAAUCCACAGUUUGUUGAGUCAGAACCUGAAGUGGGGGGUCCGAACCCGAAGAGUUUUUCCCGGCUCUGCAGCAGGGACGAGGCGGAGAGGGCAGAGGCGCUGGAAGAACUGACCCAGGGCGUAAUGGCCCGAUUAGGUCUGGACCGACCCGGUUCGGCUAAUCUGGAUAAGCACACUCUCCUCCAGCUGCUGCGAGUGUCCCAGUCGUGCCCGAUACCGGAGGUUUGCGAGAGGGCUGCUGAACUGCUUCGGAGGGCACAGGAGCGAGGUGUUGCGAUUCCUCAGGCAUUGACUACAGGUCCUAGUGCCUUUAUUCCUGAUCAAGAGAUUUUGGAGGAGGGGCCAGAUCAGGAAGUUUUGAUGGAAGCCUUCCUCUCAUUGGGCCGUUUGGACCAUGUCACCAUGGUGAUGGCCCUUCACCCUGACUACCUCAACUGCUUUCUGAGUACUCAGGAUGCUUUGCUGGAGCUGGACGGCCCACUGCCCCGGCCCUGGAGAUACUACAUCGUUAUUAUGGCUGUGGCACGUCACCAGUGUUUCUACUUGGUCCAGCAGUACAGUGCAGGGUUCCUGGAGGCGGGGGGAGAGGAGAACUGGCUGAGGGGGCUUCAACACACACACCCUAAAAUACGUUGUCUACAAACCCUCAACAAGCUGCUGGCACACAGACCCUGGCUGAUCACACAGCAGCAUAUACAGUCCUCUCUUCUGCAGGAGUUGGUUUGUCCCGGGGCAGACGCUCGUUGGUCAUUGGCUGAGCUAAUCCACGCGGUUGUUCUGAUGGCUCAUUCUCAUUCGCUGGCCUCCUUUGUCUGGGGAUGUGGCCUACAACCUGAGCCCGACCACCUGGGAGGCCACACCUUCCACCCUCCUUCACCAUCCAAUCAAGAGCUAGGGAAUGCCUGUCGUCCCCACUCUCCUACCAAUAACAAGCCCCAAAGCCUGCACAGUCCCGCCUCUGAAGAUGGCAAGCCGGAGGUUGGAGUGAUGGAGGUGGAGGUACUGAUGAAGAGGAUGGUGGAGUUACAGAGGCAGGAGUGGAGUCAGGAGGAGAUGAUCACUCGCUUUGAGAGGGAGAGGAGAGAAGUCAUACCCACUGCGGUGGUGAGGGGAACACCCCCUGACUUGUUGUUGAGGUUGGUUCAGGACCCGGAUUUCAGCUAUGAAGACUUCUCUGUCCGAGGAGAACAGUCACCACCUACCAUGAGAGCACAGGACUACUCAUGGGAGGAUCAUGGCUUCUCCCUCAUGAACAGACUGCUACCAGACAUGAGUCAACUACUGGAGGAGAAGUUCCAGGUGGUGUGCGGCCUGACCUACAACAGGAUGGCCAUGCAUGAGGACGUGGACACGCGCUCACUCCGCAAGGCUCUCUGGAACUACAUACACUGCCUCUAUGGAAUACGGUAUGAUGACUACGACUACGGAGAGGUGAAUGUGUUGUUGGAGCGAGGCCUCAAGGUUUAUGUGAAGACUGUGGCAUGUCACCCUGAGCAGACCACAGCCAGCCUCUACUCUGCCUUCUGGAGACACUUUAGACACUCUGAAAAGGUCCAUGUCAACUUGCUGUUGAUGGAGGCUCGACUGCAAGCUGCUCUUCUCUACGCUCUCCGGGCUAUCACAAACUACAUGACAUGACCACAUGCCUAAUAUAUGGUGCACAUACUGCUGUCUGCCUGCCCUGAACGAGCUACAUGCAUGCACAAACACACUACACUGAAUGUCUCUGUUUAGAUUUAUCAUAAGCCAAUACUGUGUUUAACACCGGAUGCAAUUUUAUGCCGGUCCAGUUCAUAAAAGCUGCCCCCUCGGUCCUUGAUUGCUUGCAGGUUCCGGGGAAAGACAUCACCCAUAAUUGCAAACUUUAGUCACAUAUCUAAGGCCAGUGUUUGGAAGUGACACAUUUAAACAACUUGACUCGAUUUCUGUGUGAGGCUCCUUGUGUGACACGUAGCUAGUCAGUAAACUCUGUAGCGAGUUAGCUCUGACCUCCAAUAAUCCCUCUGCCUUGUUUGGGCACACUCUGAUGUGACAAUGUUAAAAAGUCAUAUUAGGGCUGAGGGGCUGUUCAUGUUUUGAGUGCAGUAAGUCACUGAGUGAGUGUUUAUAGGAUAAUAACAUUUCUGUUUCUUAUGACUGCGACAACCACGACUAGGUUGAUCAAUUCAACCUAUUACAAGCAUGUCCGGACUGGCCCGUAGAGGCGAUUCCAGACCGGCCUAGUAAAGCCCUCUUCUGCUGCACUUUUAAUUUUUUUUUGUAUCUUAUUUUCAUCUCUUUAAUAUAGUAUUCUUUAUUUUUUUUUGGGGGGGGGGGGGGGUGUACCAGGUUAAUUGAAAAACCUCUGUUCAGUCAAUCAUCUCACUGUUAACUGUUACAGGAGAAGCUACAUUUUUCAGUGUUGGUUAUAGUUAUGGAUCUGAUCUGACAUCAGGUAAUUUAAUGAAUGUAUUUUUCUGUACAAUAAAAUAAGUUUUGUUAUC